UCGCGGCUAUGCUACAGCUAACAGCUUUUAGGGCUGAACGGAUGUGACGUCAGAAAGCCGCCGGACUGCUGUCGAGGUCAAAGAAGCAAAGAUGGCGAAUGUGCUAGAGGCGACGAGCCGACAACAGUUCGAGGAUUUCCUUGCAAAAGCUGGAAAAAACCUCGCGGUUGUACAUUUCCAGGCGGCAUGGGCUCCUCAGUGCGGCGACAUGAACGAAGUGAUGGCCGAGCUGGCCAAGGCACACGCGCACGCGACGUUUGUGAAGCUGGAGGCGGAGGCUGUUCCCGAUGUGUCGGAAAAGUAUGACAUAUCCUCCGUCCCCACUUUUAUCUUCUUCAAGGGGGGUGAGAAGGUGGAUCGUCUGGACGGGGCGCACGCUGCGGAGCUGACUAAGAAGGUCCAGGGCCUGGCGGGUAGCGGGCCCGCCCCAGGAGGAGCCGCGGACGGCGGCGCCGCGGACUUGAACCAGCGGCUGAAGAAGCUGAUCAACGCGGCGCCCUGCGUGCUGUUCAUGAAGGGCUCCCCGCAGGAGCCCCGCUGCGGCUUCAGCCGCCAGAUGGUGGCGCUGCUCAAGGAGCACAGCGUCCAGUUCAGCACCUUUGACAUCCUGUCAGACGAAGAGGUCCGUCAGGGCCUGAAGGCGUACUCCAACUGGCCCACCUACCCCCAGCUGUACGUGAACGGAGAGCUGCUGGGGGGGCUGGACAUCGUGAAGGAGCUGGCCGAGUCCGGGGAGCUGGAGACCACCUGCCCAAAGGCCGUGACCCUGGAGCACCGCCUGAAGGCCAUCAUCAACCAGAGCCCCGUCAUGCUGUUCAUGAAGGGCAACAAGGAGGCGGCGCGCUGUGGCUUCAGCAGGCAGAUCCUGGAGGUCCUGAACUCCACGGGGGUGGACUUUGACACCUUUGACAUCCUGUCGGACGAAGAGGUCCGUCAGGGCCUGAAGGCGUACUCCAACUGGCCCACCUAUCCCCAGCUCUACGUGAAAGGGGAGCUGAUCGGGGGCCUGGACAUAGUGAAGGAGCUGAAGGAGAGUGGGGAGCUGGAGUCGGUACUGAGGGGGGAGUCGUAGAUGGACGGGGAACAGGACAUCACUGCACAGGCCUGCACCAGCUGCUGCACCCCUCAGAGGUCCCAGGAGGUCAAAGAAGCUGCUCGUCGGCUUUGAUCGUGGGAAACGUUCUUCUUUUUUCACAGACUUUCAGAUGACGUGAAGCUGCUGACUCUCCAUCCUCAUCUUUAUGACAAGAACACCACCAGAGAAGCUGAAAAUCUACUCAUGUUCACUGCAAAUUCCAGCCUAUAAUAAAUUUCCCAUCAAAAUAGAACAAAACGUUUCUAUUUGUUUUAUUUUUUGCCUGUAAAGAGGUGAACUGGCUGUAGUAAACUGAGUUUACUUUGAAAUGAGAAAAAAGUUUGAACAGAGCUCAUGCACUAAAGCUCACACUCAAUAAAAUUGUUAAAAGCAGCAGCAUGUCACGUUUGUAAUACAUGUGGUAUAGUAAGCACGUGUGACAGGUUUUCUGGCGCCACCUUGUGGGCGUAAAUGUAAAAGCACCAACAGUAUCAGGGUUCUGGAACCUUUCACAUUAAAAGAACCCAGCAAGAGCCAUGAAGUCCAACUUCACUGUUAUAAAAAAAAACACUUUAUGUUUUUGUGAUCAUUUAUUAAUUCAUUUAUAAAAUGUAGCUUUGAAAUAUUUACAAUUGCAUUCUAAAAUGUAUUGUUUUAUACACGUAAUAAAAUUGAAUCUAUUUUACUUUA